AUGUUUUCAUGGCAGAAAGACAUAUGGGAAAAUUUUGAGGAAUACAAAAAAGACACGCGCUCGGGAUGGAGAUAUGUGAGUUCAAAUGCACUUUUCGGCAAAACCAUUAAAGAGGUGAUGAAUUCUGGAAAGUCUUUGUCAAGGGUGCAAUGGAGCCUUUCCAAUCCAGAUGGAAUUUCAUACGCCUUUGAUGGAAUUCCAUUUAUUUGUAUUGGAACAUUGAAUUAUCAUUGUCAUCAAGGUGAAGAUAUUGAUAAAAGUACGAAAAUAAAAAGAGCAAAGGAAACAGAUGAAAAUGAGGGUCACGAUCACACGUUUAGAAAACGGAAAAAACAUUUUCAACCUACCAAAAAAAUUGGAUGUCCGAGCAAAGUAUAUAUGUCACGGAUUUUAAAUUCCCACAGUACAAGGUAAGAUAAAAUUCGGUUCAU